UGAUAUAUUGUUUUAUUUCUAUUUCAGAUUUGCUUGGCAAAAUCAGCAGGUGCACCGCAGGCAUCUACAGAAAAUGCUUUUGCUGAUUUAUCAAAACAAGCUAUGGACAUUGCUAAUAGUUUAUCCAAAACAAUUAAAGACUCACUUCCUGAUUCGGCACAAGUUACAAAUGUCCUGAAAGACCAAAGUCAACAAUUUGCAGACAACGUCAAAAACAUUGUCAAUCAACUACAAUCUGGUUUGAAUGAAAAUAAAGGAGUAGUUGAUGAUGCCAUCAAACAGGCGUCUCAAAAACUAUCCGAAACAGUGAAAAGCCUCCAAAAUGCUGCAGGACCAGAAGUUACUGCUAGAGCCACGGAAAUCAAACAAAAAUUGGACGAAAAUGUUAAAAGUGUAGCCCAAGAAAUCGACACUUUAGUCAAAGCCGUUCAACCACAGUUAAAUGAAGCCGGAGAACGCGUCAGUUCCUUGACUAAGAACGUCUUGAAUGAAUUUGUCGAAAGUGCCCGAAAAUUACAGACCAAAGUCAACGAAGCCGUAAACAACUCUCAGGCUAAAAAACAUUAGUAUUAUAAAGUGACGAUUGAGACAAUGUUGAAGUUGAUGUGCUUUAAAGGUUAUUAAAAAAAUAAACAAUUUAGAAAAAGA